AUGCUGGGGGGCCUCCCCUCCCACCUCCUCCAGCGCCAGGGCUCCUCCGCAGACUCAGGCCGCAUCGUGCACGCGCUGUUCGCGCCGGCCCCCAAGGAGCGCUUCUGCCCGCCCGGGCACCACGCGCUGCCCGCAGCGGGCAGGCCUGGCAGCCACCACCACGCGUGAUCUGGCGCAACUCAGCCGCAACAUGCGCAUGCAGCGACACCAAUUCAGACCGGUCGCGCAUGCAUGCGCGACUUCUACACAUCCAGCCACUCAAAACGCGCCAGCUCUGCAGCCCAGAGCUUCAGCACGUUUAUGUGUGGCCUGUCUCACUGUGGAUGGUCCUCCGGCUUGCAGACGAAGCUGCUGCUGCUGGUGAUGGAGCAGGAAACAUUGAUUGUUCUAUUUUGUGACAAGAGGAUUUUGUGAUGGCACUCAGCCGAUGAGGCGCCGCGAUGAUGAUGUGGCAGAGCACGCUGGCUGCCGAGGGAAGUGAUGAGAGAAAGGCUAUUUGAUUUGUACAGAGAAAAUUCUCGGUGCAGGGCCGGCAGACUUCAGGCCGCAGUGUGUGGCUCAAGUCUGGGGCCCUGCACGCAAUCCCCCUGGCCCAGGGGUCUUGACGAGGGCGGGGGGUUCUUCUGGUUGCAUUCCUCUGGUCAUUAGUAACCAGACAACCUUUAAGUGGGGCACCCUACUACAGCAUGC